UCUCAGUAUGCAGAGCUGCAUACAUGCAGUGCAUGCUGAACUGAGAGACUGUGUGAGUUGCAAAUCAACAGCAGUAUCUCAGAGAGAGUCAUACAGUGUGAAAAAGCUGCAACUCUCAGUUACAUGCACAGAGAAGUCUCUCUGUGAGAUCUGUUAUUAUCAGAAGUUAGAGAAUCUUAUAUUUCUCAAGAUCAUCUUUACAUGCCUUAUUCAUGAAAUUAAUGAGAGAAAUCAUCAAUUUCAGCAUUCUGUUCUUGAUAUCAUUCAAGUGAUAGCAGAGUUCACCCUGGCCACACUUUUUAAGUAUGAUGUUAAGACAAUGACUCAUUGCAGCUGUGUUACUCUCACUGUGAGAAAUACACAGUUGAUGAUAAAUAUUGUGAAGACUCUGAGAAGUGAGUAUUUUAAAAGUGCU